CUCACUUCAAACAAUGUCUGGUGAAACUUCUGCCGCCUGGCCCAUUGCCGACGAGGCCCUCACCCAGAACCUCCUGGAUUUGGUGCAGCAGGCUUCUCACUACCGUCAGCUGAAGAAGGGUGCGAACGAGGCUACCAAGACUCUCAAUCGUGGUACCGCCGAAAUUGUCAUCCUCGCUGCCGACACCUCCCCUCUGGCUAUCCUGCUUCACCUUCCUCUUCUUUGCGAAGAUAAGAACGUUCCUUACGUGUACGUUCCUAGCAAGCUCGCUCUGGGCCGUGCGACUGGUGUCUCCCGUCCCGUGAUUGCGGCCAGCAUCACCACCAACGAAGCCAGUGACCUGAUGGGCCAGAUCAGAACCAUCAAGGACAAGGUCGAGAGACUGAUGAUCUAAACAUGGUUCGAUCUGUGGAUGAGUGAGGCAAUUCCAGAGUUUUGCCCUUACAGUACGAGCUGGUCGACAUGGCCCAGACUGUAAGAGUGCAUGAAUCAUCGAGGCAAAUCACGAGUCUAUCUUCAAAUUGAACUCGUGAUACGAAUGAUUCAGGAAGUUGUCAAGGGGUUGAAUAUUUUGCCUGUACUUCUUCUCAUGUCUUUGGAUAAUUGCUAUAUCUCGCUCGUCACAUUGAGUGUCACCAAUGAAGUGAGUUGUUUGACCACUCAUCCCUCUUUUGGAGAAAUAUGCAGCGUAGGGAGAUAUGAACAAAAAAAUAAUUAUUAGACUAGAAAUAUUUCGACAGUGAGAACUAGUUAGAUAGAAGUGAUGGCGAAAUCGUCUAUGCGCCUUGGCACUGCAGGAUGAGCGGCGUGACUAAAUCGAACUAGUGGACCAUAG